AUGAAGCGUCAUUUCAGUCAACAAGCCUCCUCUCUAUGUCUCACGCCGUCAAUUUCAUCUUCUUCUUCUCCGACGAAACAAUCUCGGAUCCUGGAGCUCUGUAAAUCGGGUCGGCUCACGGACGCCAUUCGGAUCUUAAACUCAACGGACUCGUCUGAAAUCUCUGCGAAGCCGAAUCUCUACGCGCCUCUUCUUCAAACAUGCACCAAAGUCUUCUCCUUUAUCCACGGACUUCAGUUUCACGCCCAUGUCGUUAAAUCAGGUCUGGAAACGGACCGGUACGUUGGGAACAGCUUGCUCUCACUGUACUUCAAGCUAGGACCUGAUAUGAGAGAGACCCGGAGAGUUUUCGAUGGAAUGUUCGUCAAAGACGCGAUUUCGUGGACUUCGAUGAUGUCUGGAUACGUUGGAAGUAAAGAACACGUUAAGGCGCUUGAGAUGUUUGUGGAGAUGGUGAGUUUUGGUUUGGAGCCGAACGCUUUCACGUUGUCUUCGGCGGUUAAAGCUUGCUCUGAGCUCGGAGAUGUUUGGCUAGGGAGGUGCUUCCAUGGUGUUGUUAUUACUCGUGGGUUUGAGUGGAACCAUGUUAUCUCUAGCACAUUAGCGUAUAUGUAUGGUGUGAAUCGAGAACCAGUGGAUGCACGCCGGGUGUUCGAUGAAAUGCCUGAAGCAGAUGUUAUUUGUUGGACUGCUGUACUCUCUGCGUUUUCAAAGAAUGACUUGUACGAGGAAGCUUUGGAACUUUUUUACGCGAUGCAUAGGGGUAAAGGGUUGGUGCCUGAUGGGUCUACAUUUGGGACGGUUUUGACGGCUUGUGGUAAUCUGAGGAGGUUGAAGCAAGGGAAAGAGAUUCAUGGGAAGCUUAUUACAAAUGGGAUAGCCAGCAAUGUGAUUCUUGAGAGUAGUCUUUUAGAUAUGUAUGGUAAAUGCGGAUCGGUACGGGAAGCUAGGCAAGUGUUCAAUGGGAUGUCUAAGAAGAACACCGUCUCUUGGUCUGCCUUACUCGGAGGAUACUGUCAGAAUGGACAGCAUGGGAAAGUGAUUGAGAUGUUCAGGGAAAUGGAAGAGAAAGAUCUCUACUGUUUUGGGACUGUUCUUAAGGCAUGUGCUGGUUUGGCGGCAGUAAGACUUGGGAAAGAGGUUCAUGGCCAGUAUGUCCGAAGAGGAUGUCGUGAUAAUGUGAUUGUGGAAUCGGCUUUAGUUAACCUGUAUGGGAAAUCGGGGUGCAUAGAUUCUGCUACUCGUGUGUACUUGAAGAUGUCAAUUAGAAAUAUGAUAACAUGGAACGCAAUGCUUUCUGCGCUGGCUCAGAAUGGAAGAGGUGAAGAAGCUGUUAGUUUCUUCAAUGAUAUGGUUAAAAGGGGGGUAAAGCCUGACUACAUCAGUUUUAUUGCGGUUCUCACCGCCUGUGGUCAUACGGGAUUAGUUGACGAGGGACGCUAUUACUUUGCAUUGAUGGCUGAGAAUUAUGGGAUUAAACCAGGUACUGAGCAUUACAGUUGCAUGAUUGACCUUCUAGGCCGUGCAGGUUUGUUUGAAGAAGCCGAGAGUCUCUUGGAGAGAGCAGAGCGUAGAAAUGAUGCGUCUCUGUGGGGAGUUCUGCUUGGACCUUGUGCUGCAAAUCCAGAUGCCUCUGGUAUUGCAGAGCGGAUUGCAAAGAGAAUGAUGAAGUUGGAACCAAAGUACCACAUGAGUUAUGUGCUUCUUAGUAACAUGUACAAUGCGAUAGGUCGCCAUGGUGAUGCCCUCAACAUUCGUAGGUUAAUGGUGAGAAGAGGAGUAGCAAAGACCAUUGGACAGAGUUGGAUUGAUGCUCAUUAA